AUGGCUCGCUUCGCCGUGGUCGCCGCCCUCCUCGCCCUCCUCGCCGUCGCCGCCGCCGCGCAGGGCCCCAUGCUGGCGCCCAGGACGGCCCCUCUUCCAGCGCCACCGGCGAGGUCCCCAGCCAUCGCCCCUGCGCCGGUCGCCACCCCGCCCACCGCCGCGUCGCCGUCCCCGAUGGCAUCUCCCCCUGCCCCGACCACCGACGCUCCCUCCGCGAUGACGCCGUCCGCGGUCUCUGCCACACCCGCUGGAGCCCCCGUCGGCGCCCCCACCGGCACCCCCGCGAGCUCCGCCGUGUACUCAUCCGCCGCCAGCUUCGUCGCGGUCGCCGGAGCGGUGGCCGCCGCCAUCGUGUUCUAG